AUGGCGACCAUUACACCAACCCCAGCGGGUCUCACUGGAGCCACGAAGCUUCCUCGUAGUGGCCUCAAAGUCGAAGCCGGCACUGAACAUGUCGAGCACGUCGAGCACAUUGAAUCUGCUGUCUCUGCGGGUCAGAUGACAAACACAACGAAGAGUGAGAGGUUGAAAGAUAUAGAAACGGUGGCAUACGUCGUGGAGGAGGUCCAUGCAGACUUCAAGCUGGUUCCAGUCAUUCUUGACGAGAUUCGGCCAGAUGAGGUCCUGGUUGAGAUGAAAUACAGCGGUAUUUGCCACACGGACGUUGUCACACAGCAUGGCGGCCUGCCAAUGGUCGAAUUCCCAGCAAUCUUCGGUCACGAAGGCGCAGGCGUAGUCCGCGCGAUUGGCAGUGAUGUGAAGAUCAAAGACCUCGCAGUGGGCGACAACGUCCUCCUCUCCAUCAACAGCUGCGGCUCUUGUGAUACCUGCGCAAGUGGCCAUCCAGCUUUAUGCCCGGAUUCUUCAAAAAUCAACAUUGGCUCUGUGAGAACCAGCGAUAAGAGCACGCCAGCAAGGCUUGCCGACGGUCGACCGGUACGGAGCCAAUUCUUCGGUCACUCUUCCUUCAGCAAAAUGUCGGUCGUCAGCGGCAAGUCCGUGGUCAAGUGCCCCGAGUCCGCAGCGGGACAUAUGGAGGUAUAUGCCCCGCUCGGAUGUGGGCUCCAGACCGGCGCCGGAACGGUCAUGAACAUGAUCAAGCCGGGCAAGUCCGACUCCCUCGUCGUUUUCGGCCUCGGAAGUGUGGGUCUAGCGGCGCUGAUGGCAGCGCGGUACUUGGAAGUGGGACAAAUCAUCGCCAUCGACAUUGUUUCUAGCCGCCUGGAACUGGCCAAGGAACUCGGAGCUACUCAUACAAUCAACUCGAAAGAUUUCCCGGAUAUGGUCAAAGAGAUCCAAAGGGUCACAGACGGGGGCCCAACUUUUGCCAUGGACUGCACCGGUGUUUUGAAGGUCAUUGAGGACACCAUCGCGUGUGUCCGGCCCUUGGGCACUGCCGUUCUUGUCGGCGUACCGCCGCCAGCGGCAGAGAUUAAGAUCGACCCGCAAGCGUUCUUGCUGGCUAACAAACGACUCAUUGGGGUCAUUGAGGGCGACUCAUACCCGCCAGACUUCAUCCCGAAGCUAAUUAAGAUGCACCAGGAGGGAAAGUUCCCUAUCGAUAGGCUCUGCAAGACAUAUCCUGCUUCCGAACUGAAGAAGGCAAUUGAGGAUAUGCACUCUGGUGAAGUUAUCAAACCAGUUAUUCAUUGGACGUGA